GUCUGGAUGCCCCUUAGAGGAAUGUGAAUCACUUCAGAAGGAAUCCCAGCAGCUGGCUGGUGCCCCCUGGAGAGUGACGUUCUCUUGAAGAGGACGAGGAGGCUGAGAGCGAGCAAGCGCAGAGCUGCGAGCCUAGCCCAUCCCUGCAGGAGCUGAUCCAUUUGGGCCGCGGGGCUGGGGAGAAACCUGUUGCUGAAUCUGGACCUGGCCGCACAAGUUGGACGCCACUUGGGCUAUGCCCUUGCACACUUCUGCGGGUAACGGUGCUGUGUAUGGACUGUAAUGGGAAGACAGAAAUAGAAGUUCAGAAGCUAAGCUUCUUAGAAUAAAAUCCUUCCUCUGAUCCUGACUGAAUUUGACUGUUGCCUCAGUUGCAUCUCUGCCCUUCUGUCCAUCAUGAGUGAGAAAUGGGACUUAAAUUCUUCAGCAAACUGGCAUCACUUUUGGAGUGUCAAUGACACAGAGCAGUAUCUGUAUUCAGGCAUCAACAUAACUUUUGUGAACUAUUAUCUUCACCGCUAUCAAGUAGCAGCUAUCUUCAUAAUUUCCUACUUUCUGAUCUUCUUCCUGUGCAUGGUGGGAAAUAUGGUGGUUUGCUUUAUUGUAAUGAGGGACAAACAUAUGCACACGGUCACUAAUCUCUUCAUCUUGAACCUGGCAAUCAGUGAUUUACUCAUUGGUAUAUUCUGUAUGCCUAUCACACUGCUGGACAAUAUUAUAGCAGGAUGGCCAUUUGGAAGCACAAUGUGCAAGAUCAGUGGACUGGUUCAGGGAAUCUCAGUUGCAGCUUCAGUUUUUACUCUGGUUGCAAUAGCAGUGGACAGCACUAUUCAGCUCUGGGUGGUGAUGCUGCAGAUUGAACCUGGGAGCUCAGAGUCUCAGGCAAUAAGGUACCGCUGUGUCAUCUAUCCAUUUAAAGGAAAGCUCACGGUGAAGACAGCAUUUGUCAUUAUUGUGAUCAUCUGGGUCCUAGCCAUUGCCAUCAUGUCUCCAUCUGCAAUAAUGCUGCGUGUGCAAGAAGAAAAAUAUUACCGAGUAAAACUCAACUCGCCAAAUAAAUCCAGCCCCGUCUUUUGGUGCCGGGAAGAGUGGCCAAGUCAGGAAAUGAGGAAGAUCUACACCACUGUGCUGUUUGCCAGCAUCUACCUGGCUCCCCUUUUCCUCAUUGUUGUCAUGUACGGAAGGAUUGGCAUUUCCCUAUGCAAGAAGACAGAGCCCCACAAAGGCAUGCAGAGCAAGGAGCAGUGGCAAGUGGUGUCCAAGAAGAAGCAGAAGGUCAUUAAGAUGCUGCUGCUUGUGGCCCUGCUUUUCAUUCUCUCCUGGCUGCCCCUGUGGACCCUGAUGAUGCUCUCAGACUAUGCCGACCUAUCUACAAAUGAACUGCAGGUCAUCAACAUCUACAUUUACCCUUUUGCACACUGGCUGGCCUUUUGCAAUAGCAGUGUCAACCCUGUCAUUUAUGGUUUCUUCAAUGAGAAUUUUCGCCGUGGCUUCCAAGAUGCAUUUCAUCUCCAACUCUGCCAAGACCGAGAGAAGCCAAAGGAAGCCUGUGCCCUAAGAGCUAAACACAAUGUGGUCAUAAGCACAUUUGAUCAGCUACCCCAGGAGCCUACAAGUCAAGCCCCAUGUGAGGAAACUUUGUUUUGCAGGAGAAGUACUCAGAAAUCUAAACAGGAGUUAAUGAUAGAAGUCCUAGAAGUUACCGAUAGUAGUGAGAUGUAAAGAGUUAACUGUGGGCGGAGGGUAGAUAGAGUAGUGGUUAUGCACAGAGACUCUCAUGCCUGAGUCUCCAAAGUCCCAGGUUCAAUCCCCCACACCACCAUAAGUCAGAGCUGAGCUCUGGUUAAAAAAAGAAAAAAUAUAUUUAAAUUUAAUAUUAAAUUUUAAAAAAGAAUUAACUGUGACAGUUUUCUAUAGUACAUGAUAGAUAUGAAAUACAGUGGAUUUCGAUGGUUUUAACUUCUAAGAAGGCUAUUCUGAAAAAAACUGUGCUGAAAACCGCCCAUGGAAAAAUAAAUAAAAUGCUCUCAUGCUCAUAAUUAACCUAAUGGUGUAAAAAAAAGUAUAAUGACACAAGUUUGUCUAUAUAAAUACAUUUUCUAUGAUUUGUCUUCAAAGCCUGGCCUUCAGCUGUGGAGUCAUUUGUAUUUAAGUCAAACAUAGACACACACACCAUUUUACCCAAAUGGUGAUAUACUGGCACUUCUUUGCAUGAGAAUAAAUUUUGCCAGUUCUCUCAUUGCUUUUUGGAUAUAAAAUUUUAAGACUACAUAAUUAUUUAUCUGUGCUUUUAAUAUGUACUUCCCUUUUUGAAUUAAAAAUAAGAAAUACUGCAUUUCUUUAUAUAUAAAUUACCAAGAUUUUUAAGAGCACAGUUACAGUUUGUAAAAGUCAAACAUUAUUCCAUAGGAGUUAUUGAUGAUUUUUUUAAAAAUCAUCUUGGAUGGAGCUAGAAGAAAUUAUGUUAAGUGAGCUAAGUCAGAAAGACAAAGAUGAGUAUAGGAUGAUCCCACUCAUAAACAGAAGUUGAGAAAGAACAGAAGGGGAAACUCAAAGCAGGAUUUGACUGAGUUUGGAAUAGGGCACCAAAGUAAAAAAACUCUGGGUUGAGAGGGUGAGGGUGGA